AGCAAGUCGUCAGCAAAUGAAGGUUUAGUAAUACCUGGAUUAUGCUGAAUGUUAAUCUUUAUUUUACUAUUUGACAUAAUCCACAGAUGGGUUAUCAGUCCUCUUCAAAGAAGGGAUGUGGACACUUUAACAUGCUGACACAGAAAGCCAGAGAACAGGUGAGAUGAGUCUCUUCAGAACCAUUUGGAGGACUACCGUCAUAUUUCUCUUGUACAGAUGUACAUUCCAGGUUCCAGCCAGCCCCUCAGGUCCGAGAAUGGGUAUCAUCUGUCAGGGGUCUGUGACUGUAGAACCUGGGCCACUCUUUCGCAUGGGUUCCAACCUUACAGUGUACUGCACAACCACAAAGCCCCACUGUGGCCAGAGUUUAUCUGUGGAACUGAAUGGGCAGGACCAGACGGCACUAGAGAUCUUGAACUGUUCCACUGUCCGGCUGAGACUGACUAACCUCCGCACACCAAACUCCAUUCUGGUCUGUAGGCUGCGGCAAACAGACGGACGCAUACAGACUGUUUGUGGGCUAGACCUACACACUGGAUACCCUCCUGAUGAGCCCAGUGGUAUAGCCUGCCAGGCUUCCAGGGACUCAGAGGAGAUCACCUGUAGCUGGAGCAGAGGACGGGAAACACACCUGGUCACAACCUACUAUGUCUCAGUCAGGAGUGUGAACAGAGCCCAGGUGUUUCACCGUGAGAUCCAGGGUACUGGUGUGUUCAGUAUUCCACGGUUGGAGCUGGAUGAGAAUGAACAGUACCAGCUGAGUAUAAGAGCUCACAACCACCUGGGAACAUCACUGUCCCAACCCUUCAACUUCUCUGUCAAUGAUGUAGUGAUACCAGACACCCCUCAGAUCAUGAAGCUGGAGUUUUGGAGUGGCUCCAGGGCGGCUGUAUUGCACUGGAACUGCUCUGAAUACCCAAAACCUUUAAGACCCCACGUCAGGCUCAGAACAGGCAAUGGCUCCUGGGUGGAGCUACACUUGGAUCCGAGCAGAGGCCUGGUCAAGGUGGAGGGCCUGAAGCCCAUGACACAGUAUGAGUUCCAGAUCAGAGUCUGUUUCUCCAUAGAGAGGCCAACCUCUGCACAGAGGUCCACCCCUGCGCUCAGGAACUCCUCCACCCAAAGGCCCCUCUGCAGUAGAUGGAGCCCAUCAGCUAGUAAAACAAGCCCAGGCAUAGCCCCCACUAGAGAGCUGGAUGUCUGGAGAGUGUUUGGUAUCCCUGGGGUGGAUGGGGUUCAGGAUGUGACAGUACUGUGGAAGCCCCUGUCUCCAGGUGACUAUAGUGGUCAUGUGUUGAGGUAUGAUCUGGUCUACCUGCAUGAGGGUCAGAGACAGGAGGAGAUCACCUAUCCUGCUGGUGUCACCCAGUGUUCUGUCCAGGUGUCACCUGGGGUUCAGGAGUUGUUUGUAAGGGCUGUCACCUCCUACGGGACAUCUCCACCUGCUACCAUACAGCUCAAACACACAGGUGUGUCUGGGCCUGUUCUGAGAAGCCUCAGUCCGGCAAACGUAGAAGGAGGGGAUGCAGUUGCCCUGUCCUGGUCGUGGGAUGGAUCUAGUGGGGCUGAAACGGAGGUACUGUUGGGCUUUUUGGUGGAGUGGAAGAGUGGACAUCAGGAACUGGGCUGGCAGAGAGUGGCCAGGAAGAGAAACACAACACUCAUCACAGGUCUGACGCCGGGAGUGAGGUAUAAUGUGUCUCUGUAUGCUGACACUACAUGGGGUGUGUCCAACCCCUCAUCUGGCCUGGUCUAUUCCAGAGAAGAUAAACCUGUGUCGGUACCGAAGGUGUCAGUGUUGGCCCAUGAAACCAGCCGGGUUCUGAUCCAAUGGGAGGAGCUACCAGUGGACCAACAGAGAGGCUUCCUAACACACUACAACAUCUACCUCAAGAGACUGGACUCUGACACAGAUCAGAAUCAGAGGGUGACUGUAUCAGGGUCCAUUACAGUGUCAGGGCCCAGUCAGAGGUGGCUGGAAUGUCCUGAGGAGGCCGUGGCCCUCAGAGUGUCUGCCUCCACGGCUGCAGGGGAAGGACCACAGGGGGAGUGGCUACUCUCGCACUCUCCAGUCACUGCAUUUGGGCUGGUGGCUGGCAUGUCGCUCGUGGCAACCAUUAUCAUGGUGAUAAUGGCGAACCUGAUGUGUUGGAGCUGUGUGAGGAAAAGGAUCAAACAGACAUGUUUAUCCCUGGGUCCUGUCUGGCUUUCUGAGAACCUCCCCAAGCCUGGAAACAGCAAUGCUAUCAGUCUACUGAAGCAUGAAGAGCCAGUGGUCCCAGCUUUGUCCUGGUUGUUCACCGUCAGUGACCCACCACUGUCCCCCAUUGAGGAGAUCCCUCCUGGGGAGAGGGAGGAACUGUACCCCAUCAUCCACAUCGUGCGGCUCCAGGGUGGGGCCAGGGCCGGGGGAGGAGAGGGGACAGGAGAAAGGACAGCAGCACCUCUGGAGAAUAUUGGAUACAAACCCCAGAUUACAAUCACAGCUCCACGAGACAAGACAGAGAAGGAGGAAUACAGGGGACACAUUCCCAGCUGUGAGAGUACAGACAGAUGCCCUGAGGAGUCUGGAGGACUGCUAGGAGGCUGGCUGUGUGAUAUAACAGUAGAUUUCUCUGGCAUUUCUCCAGCACUGGAUCUGAGCUCAAUGGGGCGGAACACCUCCCCAAGCCCUCCCAAGAUAACAAGCCUCUUCUCUGGGGACACGUGGCUGGAUGAGAAGGGGUUGGAGGUGGGCCUUGGCUCUCUGGACUCAGCACAGGGACAGAAAGUGGCUCUGGAAGACCCAGUUGGCUGUCUGGCUAAGACACUGACCACCGGUUACUUCCCCCAGGCUGCUGACCUCAACACCACUACCUACAACCACUGACAGAGACAUCUUUAAAGCAUUAUCUUCURCAUCCUUCAGUGAUGAGAGGAAAGGCAUUUGUCUUGACCAACUGAACAAGAGUUCCAAUGAAUGGACUUUUAUACCAUUCUAGCAAAAUUUACAGUCAUACUAGUGUUUCAGAAUGAUGAACGGACUGAAAGGACACAUUCCUCAAUUACAUAAUAUACUAUAACAGUGGAUUUAUAACAAUUUCUGCUCGCUGCUAUAUAAAGAUUAUGGUUCACUAUAAAGAGUCUUUCAGUUGAUAAAUGAGUGCGAACCCAUUACACCCCUUUGUUUAUCUGAAUAUGCAGGUUUUACCCACCAGCCAAGCUUCUGGGAGAGCACGCUGGUUCUCUUUUGAUUUGUUGAUAAAUGUUUCCCUGUCAAUCCCUGUUUGUCUAUUGAUGUAUACUGUACCACACAAUGGGUUUCGUGCCCAAAGAAGACAGAUGUUGAGAACAUGUUAAGUUUACAACAUAGUUAUAUUCUGCAUCUGAGAAGUGAGGGAUACAGUAUUUGCACGCCACUGUGUAACAUGGUAUAAUAGUAAUGGUAUAGUAAUGCAGGGUAAACUGACCCUAGAUCUGUGCCAGGGCUGUGUUCUCUUCAUAGAGCCACCUGCUGUACCAGGCAGUUAUAGUGACUUCCUGAAACUGACUUCUCACUUCCUCCCUGAGAGCUCAUAAAACUGAGGGUGCAUCUCAAUAGUUUACGAUGCCUCCUCUCACCCCCUUGUCUCCUUGUAUCUCCUUUCCUUCAUUUGCUCUUAUCAAAAAUUUCUGGACUAAUGAAAUCAAAUUUCCCAGGAGGCCUCUGCAAUAUUGCUUUCAUUUGUCCUGUGUUUUAAAAUAAGUGCAGAUGAAGAAUAGGAGAGGAUUAGAGAAGAUAUUAGACAUCCAUUCUUGUGAGUGGAGAACAUCUGUAAAAAGUGUUAAUCUCCAAAUUCAGUGUGAGAGGGGGAUCCCCUACAACUGGCAAAUAUCACUCACCUGGUAUGUCACUACGGUUGCAUUUAGAGAGGCAGACCAAUUCUGAUCUUUUCCCCCCAAAAUGGUCUUUUGACCAAUCACAUCAGCUCUGAAAAAUAACUGAU